AUGGCCGUAGCCGUAGUGGCCAACGCCGUAACCGAGGGUGCCGAUGCCAUAGCCGUAGGCUGGAGCGGCGUGGUAGGCAGCGACAACUGGGGCAGCGUGGGCUACGGUGGCGACAGCUGGGGUGUGGUGGACGGUGGUGGUGGCAACAGCUGGGGCAGCGUGGACAGCAGCGACGGCUGGGGCAGCGGCGUAGGUGGCGACUGGGGCAUGGGCCACAGUAGCGACGGCUGGGGCAGUGGCGUAGGUGGUGACUGGGGCAGCGUGGGCAACGGUCGCGACACGGGUCACAGCUGGAGCAACAGCGUAGGAGGCAACGGCUGGGGCAGCAACAGCGGUGGCGACUGGGGCGUGGGCCACAGUGGCGAAAGCUGGGGCAGCGGCAACGACUGGAGCAGCGGCAUAGGUGGCAACUGGAGCAGCGGCAUAUGUGGCAACUGGAGCAGAGUGGGCAACUGUGGCGACGGCUGGGACGGCAGCCAGGCCGACACUGUAGCCGGCGGUGCCGACGAAGCCAGCGAAGGCGCUGGUGGCCACGGCGAGGAUGAUGCAGGCGCGGAUCUACGUUAA